AUGAGCGCCCGCCUCUUCUCCGCCGCCGCGCGCAGCGCUGCCCGCGCCCCGGCCGCCCGCUCCACUGUCCAGCGCCGCUUCGCCAGCACCGACAACGCCUUCGUCAGGGAGCGCGAGGCUGCCAAGCACCACGCCGCCGGCACCACUGAACUCUGGCGCAAGAUCUCCAUCUACGCCUGCAUUCCCGCCCUCGCCCUCGCCGGCGCCAACGCCUACGUCCUCUGGAACGAGCACUGGGAGCACUGGAGCCACAUGCCCCCUCUGGAGGAGCGCGUCGAGUACCCCUACCAGAACAUCCGCACCAAGAACUACCAGUGGGGCAACGGUGACAAGACCCUCUUCUGGAACGACUCCGUCAACUACCACAACAAGGACAAGGCUUAA